AACAAACUAUCAGCAUAACAAACACAGAAGAUAAGUGCAUAUAAACUAGUACGGUAUGCAAAAUAAACUAACACCACUAGCUACGAACAAGAAACUCCAGACACUAAGUGCAUAUAAACUAGUACGGUAUGCAAAAUAAACUAACACCGCUAGCCACGAACAAGAAACUCCAGACACGACGCACUCCCACUCUCUAACUCUCUACCCUAAUCCGCGUCCUCCAUACCUUCCUAUCAAGGGUCAUGUCCUCUGUAAGUUAUAACUGCUUCAUAUCAUGCUUAAUUACCUUCCUCCAAUAUUUCUUCGAUCUGCCUCUAUCACUUUUAAAACCAUCUACAACCAAGUGUUUUACACCUCCGCACUGAAGCAUCAGAGCCCCUCCUCAUCACAUGCUCGGACUAAAGUAACCUCACUUUGAAAAUAGAAAAAGAAUUGAAUCAUAAAUAUUUAUCAUACAUAAAUUUAUUUUACAUAAAUUAAUAUAAAUAAAAUGACUUCAUUAAGAAAAGACAGUCUGAUGCGGUAAAAGUUGUUCGGAGUUCGAGGAAUAACCACACCAUAAAGAUUUUGUUACAUAAACCAAUAUAAACCCCUCCUUUUGGCAUUCAAUUUUUCAAGAACCUUCUUUAUUAUAACAACUGCUCUACCAUUUCCCCAACUAAAUGCUAUAGUAGUAUUCUUUAUCCUAUUCAUGAACCAUGGAGCUCAAACGCCUGUGUUUUGUUUUGCCUACUGAUGAUCUUGAUGAAAUUGAUCAUGGAAAACAACAAGUUGAACACAAACCAAAUGUGAAAAAUGUGUCUUUCACCAGAAGGGGUUGUGGGGAUGAAGUUCUUGAUGGUGAAAAACAAGUUGUAGAACUCAAACCAAAUGGAAAAAACGAGUCUUUGUCCAAAAGGGGUUGUGGUGGUCAAGUUCUUGAUUGUGAAAAACAAGAAGUUGAACACAAACCAAAGGUAAAAAAUGAGUCUUUGUCCAAAAGGGUGGGUGAGGGUGAGGGUGAAGUUCUUGAUUGUGAAAAACUAGUUGUAGAACACAAUCCAAAGUUAAAAAAUGUGUCUUUGUCCAAAAGGGGUUGUUGGGGUCAAGUUCUUGAUCAUGAAAAACAAGUUCCAAAGGUAAAAAAUGAGUCUUUGUCCAAAAGGGGUAAUGGGGAUGAAGUUCUUGGUAGUGAAAAACAAGUUCCAAAGGAAAAAAAUGAGUCUUUAGCCAAAAGGGGUUGUGGUGGUCAAGUUGUUGAUGGUGAAAAACUGUUUGUAGAACACAUACCAAAGGGAAAAAAUGAGUCUUUUGCCAAAAGGGGUUGUUGGGGUCAAGUUCUUGAUGGUGAUAAACAAGUUGUGCAAAAAAAACCAAAGCAAAAAAAAGAGUCUUUAUCCAAAAGGGGUUGUGGGGGUCAAGUUGUUGAUUUUAUUCAAGUAUCUUUUUCUAAGUUACUUGAUUCCAAAUGGGUAACUUGUUGUCAUCAAGAAUUUGGGGGAAAGCAAUUUUCUGGUGUUUUUCAUGACACAGAAGGUAUGCAGCUAGGUGAGAAAGGUGGUGGUGACUAUAAUCAUCAUCAUAAUCCAAGGAUUUUUAGCUAUUCUGAGCUGUUUAUAGGGUCUAAUGGAUUUAGUAAUGAUGAAGUUUUAGGAAGUGGUGGAUUUGGUAAGGUUUUUAGAGCUGUUUUACCUAGUGAUGGAACAGUUGUUGCUGUGAAAUGUUUAGCUGAAAAGGGGGAGAAGUUUGAGAAAACAUUUGCUGCUGAGUUAGUGGCGGUAGCUCAUCUUCGCCAUCGGAAUCUUGUGAGGCUCAGGGGGUGGUGUUUUCAUGACGAGCAAUUGUUCCUUGUGUAUGAUUAUAUGCCAAACAGUAGCCUUGAUCGGAUUUUGUUCCGAAAACAGGAUAACACAGGGUCCCCUGUUCUUGAUUGGGAACGUCGAAAGAAUAUAGUUAAUGGCUUGGCAGCUGCCUUGUUUUAUCUCCAUGAACAAUUGGAGACUCAGAUCAUUCAUAGAGAUGUUAAGACAAGCAAUGUGAUGCUUGAUUCCCAUUUCAACGCCCGGCUAGGCGAUUUUGGCUUAGCUAGGUGGUUGGAACAUGAACUCGAGUACCAAACGAGGACGCCUUCUAUGAAGAAUCAGCAGUUUAGAUUGGCUGAGACAACAAAAAUUGGUGGAACUAUAGGGUACUUACCUCCUGAAAGUUUUCAGAAAAAAGGUUUUGCCACUGCAAAAUCUGAUGUGUUUAGCUUCGGGAUUGUCGUCCUGGAGAUUGUUGCAGGAAGGCGCGCUAUGGAUCUCGCGACCCCGGAUGAUCAAGUCAUACUUCUUGAUUGGAUCAGGAGACUCUCUGAUGAAAAAAUGGCUUUACAAGCUGGAGAUAGCAGACUUGUUGAUGGUUCUUACAAGCUUUCCGAUAUGGAGAGGCUAAUACAUAUUGGCCUUCUUUGUACACUUCAUGAACCUCAAUCAAGGCCUAGUAUGAAGUGGGUUGUAGAAGCACUUUCUGGUCAUAUUUAUGGUAAAUUGCCUGAUCUUCCUUGUUUUAAAUCCCACCCUCUUUAUAUAUCUUUGUCAUCUCCAAGUAGUAGUACA